AGUGUUAUUACUCGUUCAAAAUUCCACAUCUCCACUUAUUCUCAACCAACCAAGCUAUAGUAUUGUUUACGUUUUCAUUAAUCCGUUCAGUUUUUCCACACUUCGAUCACAUCGUCACCUACUAAUUUUUAGCCUCUAUAUUAAUAAUUCCUCUCCUAACUCCAUCUUCUUCCUCUCCUUUCUUCCUUCUUCACCCGCUAGCUAAUUAGCUAUAAUUCUCCCUCUUUAGUUAUCGAUCCACCUCUUAUUCUUCCUCCGACUUCAGAUUAAUCUUCUAGGUCUAGUUUAUAAAUGGGCUGCUCCAGCUCGUGCCAGCUAGACGGGCCGCCGCCGGGCUGCGUGCGGGUGGUCCACGCCACUGGCCACGUGGUGGACUUGCCGGCGCCGGUAACGGCGGGCGAACUCACCGGGCGUCCCCCCACGCACGUGCUCGUCCUCGCCGCUCGCCUCGCCGCGUUCGGCUCGGAGCGCCUCCGCCUCGGAGACCGCCUGACGGCUGGCGGCGUCUACUUCCUCAUCCCCCACGAGCUCCUCCGCGCCGAGUCGUCAGUCGUCGACCUCGCCACCCACAUGGGCCGCCUCCUCGCCACUGCCAAGCGGGCCGGACCGGUCGCGGUGCCUACCGCGGCCCAGAAGGUUCGGCCCCGGGCCCGGGCGUGGAAACCUGAGCUGGAUGCGAUCGAGGAGAUCACGAGCUACUGAGAACGGACGGUGGAGAUUAAAGCCCAGAGUCAAUGGAAACAUUUCAUGUGGCUUUGCGUUUGCAGACUGUGCCGCGAAAAGAGGGUUAUUGUCUUAUUGAUUGUUGGAAAUUUUAUUGUUUAUAACUGAAAAUGGAAUCAUCGUUCUACUAGCUA